ACAAAGGGAGGCUGGGCGAAAGAAGAUAGGUACACGAGCAGGCCUGCUGCAAUUUUAAAGCAAUUAAUAAUAUGACCAUUACAGAAUAAUAAAACUGUUAUCAGUCAUUCAAUCACUUUAUGUAUAAUAUUUUUUAUUCAGUCCAUUCCAGAGUGUUUGACUGUGGUUAAAGCAGACCCUUACAUUAGAAAUAGUAAAACUAAAUUAAAAACUAAGAAAAACUUAAUCAUAAGACAAUGGAGAAUUUCAAUAUAUAAUUUCUUAUUAGAAAAAAUGCAGAUGGAGGCUAGAUUUGAUUUUCUAUAUAACUUUUCUAAAAAAAAAAAUCUAAUUUAGCUUUUUCUAAUUCCCCUUGAGGGUUUUAUAGGUUUACUAUUAUUUUAUUAUCUUCAUUUUAUUUAAUUACCUAUUCAGUAUCCAGUCAAGUUCUCCAGAGUCCCGCUAAUGAUCUGAUUAUUUGAGUCAAGUGUGUUGAGAGAUUUUGUUCUGUUUCGUUCUGACGACAGUGAAAGUGGUGAUUAUCACAUUCACAACCAACAGCGCCCUCUGAUGGUUGCAGAUUUCGUUGUAACAAAGCCACAGAGCGCUUUGUUUUCCUCAUGAAGAAGCCUGUUGCUAGGAACGCAACCGCUGUAGCUAGGCUUAGGGCCCCCGUCCAUUUCUUUGUCCACAGAAAUGCCGGAUUUGAAUUAUUCACUAUGUCGUAAAAUUAUUUUAAAAUAUAUAUUUAUUGUUGAUAUAGUGCCGUAAUUUGUCCAAGCUAUGAUAACUUCUAAAGGUUUACGCAUGAAAAGCCAAAUUAAAGGAGUUAAUAAUAACUUUUAUUGCUAGGCAGUUAAGUAGGUCCACACAACCGUUUCUUCAGUUACUCGAAACACAACUUAACAUUAACUUUAGGCUUUGUCAGUCUCCAGACGUGACAAAAAGCAGCGCCGUUAGUCUUAAUAACUUGUUUUAUGUAAGUUGUACGUUUUGCUCAUAACGCUGACUGCCACUUGUGUUUUCACAUAAGAGCUACAUUAUCAUCACAGCGUUUGUUUCGGUUCGACCGUUAAGCCCGCGGUGCUUCAGAUGGAUUCUUAUCACGUACUGAACCUGGUGGGAGAGGGCUCAUUCGGCCGAGUUUACAAGGGGAGAAAAAAGUUCACAGGCAAGGUCGUAGCUCUAAAGUUCAUGCCGAAAGUGGGUCGGACUGAAAAGGAGCUGCGAAGUUUGAAGAGAGAAAUAGAAAUUAUGAGAGAUCUUCGGCACCCAAAUAUAGUCCAGCUCUUUGACAGCUUUGAGACUGAAACCGAGGUUGUGGUUGUAACUGAGUAUGCAGAAGGCCAGUUGUUCCAGAUUUUGGAGGAUGAUGGAAACUUGCCAGAAAGCCAGGUGCGGGAGAUUGCCUGCCAGCUGGUCUCUGCUCUGUAUUAUUUACACUCCCAUCGCAUCCUUCACCGUGACAUGAAACCACAAAAUAUCCUGCUUGGAAAAAGCGGUGUGGUGAAGCUCUGCGACUUUGGGUUUGCCAGAGCGAUGAGCGUCUCCACCCUGGUCCUGACUUCCAUCAAGGGAACACCGCUGUACAUGUCGCCUGAGAUCGUAGAGGAGAAGCCGUACGACCACACCGCUGAUCUGUGGGCGCUGGGCUGCAUUUUGUAUGAGCUCCACACGGGGGUGCCACCAUUCUACACCAACUCCAUCUUCCACUUGGUGCAGCUCAUUGUGAAAGAUCCGGUCAAAUGGCCGGACACGAUGAGCGACAGCUGCAUGAGUUUCCUGAAAGGUUUGUUGACUAAAGACCCACAGAAACGUUUGUCAUGGCCAGACCUCCUGCACCAUUCCUUUGUUGCUGAUGGUGUUUUAGCAGUGAUGUCAGACACAAACCUCUUCAGCCCCCUGACGGUCACACCUAGCCCAGACGUGGUGGCCAUGAAGAUGAAGCAAGUGGCAGAAAAAUCUGUGCCGACGUCAGGAGAGAGCAUGUUAAUGAGAAAGGCCAGGGAGGAGAUGGAGCUCAAAAAGAGAGAGAAAAAGAAGGAAGGAUGUGAAAGGAUGAAUUCUGCUACAGUAAUGGCGUCGCCUAAAGCCCUCUGCAUUGAUGUUCCUGCAGCUUCUGGCCAGUUGGCCAUGACAGCCAAUCAAAGCAUGAACCUGAAGAGUAAAACACGCGCCACAUCAAAACAAAGGGGUCAGAUCAGCAGAGACUAUGAACAGGAGUUUCCCUCUGUUGAGGUCGGGCCGCGACUCGUGCGCAGAGGGAAUGACAGACCAGCCGCACUUCAUAGGCAGGUUAUCAUAGAAAGUGAACCACUGAGCCAAGCCAAUGUCUGUUCAAGGGAUGAUGUUGCUACCGAAAGGCACCAGGAGAAUCUUGUCCAGGAAACAGACCUAAGCAGGCAGCAGAAGAAGCCUAUAAACUACAAUGACAUCAUAUGUCAAAUUAAAUCUAGCAUUACAGCAUUUCAGGUUCAGCUGAUAGGUGUUGGUGUUAUAAAUGUGCAGCAUAUUGAGCAUGUGCUAAAGGUCCUACGUAACUUGAUCCUGACCCCUGACCUCGAGAAGUCUCACCACAUCAGCCAUGAACUUAAACUACCACAAUCCUUCUUUGAGCUGAUCAGAGAUUCUGUUUCAAACUCUGAUUUUAUCAAGGAGCAGAGGAAUGUGCUUACUCUUGGAGAAAUUAUUAAAUUUAUUCUGUUCUACUGGGAAAGGCAUUGUGGUUGGGUGGAAGAGGAGCCCAGCCUGGAAGAGUACACUAAGCCGCUCGAGACGAUUAUCAAUCAGCCAAAUCUUACUGCUCUGGCACCGCUUGCUGCUUCUGUUUUAUCUCUCUUCACUCUACAUGGCGUUGAUGUUUUUGUUGACCUGGAGAAUUUGACUUCCCUGCUGAAAAUGCAUCCCUCGCCUCUGGUGUUGCUGCCUCCUGGUUGGGGACUGUAUGAUGGCCUCCUGUCUUUACUCCUACACGCGUUGUCUGAGGAUGACAAUGCAUCAGCCUCAUCUAAGUUAAAUCCACUUGUGUUCUUGGAUUUGUGGAAAAAAGUUGGUUCUUCGCUCGCAAGCCCAACGCCGAACCUGGACUUCUUUUCAGCAAGUGGAGUUUACUCCUUUCUGUCUAUUGCGCUGCUUAUCUUCACAAAGGACCUGCACUCAUGCAUUCGUCUUUUUUCUGACAAAACAUCUCAAUGUGUAUACACGCUCUGCUGGUUGCUGAGCAACGACUGUCCUCAUUUAUCAGCCAAGCCUCCCUGUGGGAGCGCCGGCAUGGAGCUGAGCUGCGACACCCUGUCCACGUUGAGCUGCCACCUGCUCUGCUUUCCGUUUGCUCUGGACCUGCCGCCACACACCAUGGCCGCCGUCCUGCAGGUGUAUGACAGCUGUCGUGUUGCUUCCAGCCUCCUGCAGGUAAUUCAGACAUUCCCUCCUUCUCAGCUGGAGCUGCCUCUCUCCCUGCUGAGCCGUUUGCUGUUGUGUGAUUCUGAGCGCUCUGUGUCCCACGUCGGAGGAGGUGCUUCUGGCUUUUUUUCGUCAACUCAGAGCAACCAGCUCUUUCCCUCCAAAAAUCCGACUGCUGUGACCAGAACUGCCAGCUCUCUGCUCUCUGACUUGCUGCGGCAGGAUGAGCUGUGGGACUGUGCUGUGGAGCUCCUGAAUCUUUUGUCCCAAGUGGCCCGCUGCUCCUCUCAGCCCGCUUCCCCUCGGAUAGCUGUCGAGGCCGCAGCGCUGCAGCAGGCGCUGACUCAUCCGUGCGACCAGAUCAGAGCUGCCACAUGUAGGUUUGUGGGGAAUUUGGAACCAUUCAGAGCUAAUCAAGCACAUAACCUGCAGGCUGACAUUUUCAGACAGAUGAUAGACGCUCUUAAUGACUCCUGCGCACAGGUGCGGCGGAUGGCUUGCAGGGCGGUGGGGAACUGGCUGGGAUACAUUGCAGCAAAGUUUAAAAUGGGAGGAAGCUGCAGUGACUCUUCAGGGUGGGGCAAAGAGAACAAUCUCAGUAAACAAGCGCAUUCACCUGUCGAAGCAGCUGGCGACGCGGUGACGGAGCAGAUGUUUGAUGCAGAUGAGCAGAGACGAUGGACAGACGAAGCUCAGAGGUCAGCGACCUCGCUGACCUGUCUGCUCUCGGACCGCGACGCCGUCACGCGGCGUCACUGCUGUGCGGCUCUGGGAAACCUGGUAAAUGUUGACGGUGUCGUGUCGGUGUUGGAUGAAGACGUGUACAGCUCUCUUCUCAGAGUCGCGUGCAAUGAUCCAAACAACGACGUGAGAGAAGCUGCGAUCGCAUCUCUAAACCUCUGCAGCCAGCAGGAUGCGGUGCAGCGGGGAAGCUAACGAGAAGAGGGACGUCAGCACUACACCAUAUCCCUUAGAAGUGUGCUGCGCAAUGGUUGGACGACUGGAGCAAUAACGAAAUCACACUUCUGACUGCUUUAAAUAUGCAGUGGGAAUAAAAACUCCACAAACCUGGGUUAAAAAAAAAAAGCAUUUUUCCAACAUUUAGAAGCUGCAGCGACCUGCUUGCUCCUUCACCUUUUUCUCCAAUUUUAUUGUUCAAUCUUAUUCUGUAAAGUUAGGUGAAUUCAUGUUCAGCUUUCUAGCAAAUACCUAAAGAUUUUAGUACUUUACAAAUGUUUCUGAUUUUUAUCCACCUGGAGAAAAUCUUUUUCCAUCUGAACAAAACAUUACCAGUUCAUGAUGCUGCCACCACCACAUUUCACAGUGGAUUUUGUAUUCUUGUAACUGAUGUGCGGUUUUUGUGUUUGUUCCCAAGUUAGCCUAAAGUUCAAGUUGGGUUUCUACAUAAUGUAGCAGCACAUUCUUCCUCAAGGGUUUAGGUGAUUUUUGUCUGGUCAAAAUCCCCCCCUUUUUUUUUUUUUGGAAGAAAAGGUUUAAGACACCUGGAGUAGAAGAAACAUGUAGACCAGAACUUCCUGUUGGUUCUUUACUGUUGAUCCUUGGUCAUUUGCAACAUCUCUACAAACAAACUCUUUAGCUAAAGGAUGUAAAUGUCAAGAAAAACGUCCCAGAACUGCUGACCUGUAUUUAAUGUUAAAUAACUUCACUUUGGUUAAUGGCAGGUGUGUACCAAAGAAGACUCCAUACCGAAACUGAGUGGUUUAACUAAGUAGCUUAGGAUGUAAACAGGCAACAACCAGGUUACUGCAGCUUUUGUAUUCUUCUUUAUUUGAACCUUGUCACUCAUUUGUUUGUUUCCAGUUUAGCUGUACGUGAAAAAUAUCUCAUUAAAAUAAAAUAUUUAAGGGAUU